AUGAAACUACUUAUGUCAACCUUCAUCUUCUUCUUUUCGACUGUUGCCCUGGCAGCAGAUUGCUCUGGAGGCAAGCCUAAAGCAAGCGCUCCCUACCGCAACCGCGCUGCUGAACUCUGCCGCAACUGCGGCCCUCCCGGCGCCUGCGUCAUAGGGGUCACGUCAGGCGGCGGCGUGUCGUGCAGUAUGAACGUCCCAAAGAACAAGCAGACUCUGUAUUGCGAGGAAGCCAUGGGUGAUAUCAUUGGGCAGUGCAUCGGUGGAGGGCAAUCUGGCGGUAGAUGGAGUUUUGGAGGAGAGUCAUAUGAAUGCCACGCCAACUAG